CGCUGGGUGGGGCGGCGGGCGGUGGCAGCGACGUGGUCAUUCCCGCGGGAGAGAACCCGGUGGGUAACCUGGGCUUGGCCGUGCCGGGCCGUGCCGGGCGGCUGUAUGGCGGCCUGUGAGCGGCUGGGAGGUGGCGUCCUGCGGGAUCUGCUGGCCCGCACCCAGGGCCUGCUGUUCGACUGCGACGGGGUGCUGUGGAACGGGGAGCGCGCCGUUCCGGGCGCGCCGGAGCUUCUGGAGCGGCUGGGCCGCCGCGGCAAGGCGGCGCUUUUCGUGAGCAAUAACAGCCGACGCUCGGUAGCCGAGCUGGCGGGCCGCUUCGCGCGCCUCGGCUUCCACGGCGUGGCGGCCGAGCAGCUGUUCAGCUCGGCGCUGUGCGCGGCGCGCCUGCUGCGCCAGCGCCUGCCGAAGCCCUGCCCACCGGGCGCCGUCUUCGUGCUGGGCAGCGACGGGCUGCGCGGCGAGCUGCGGGCCGCGGGGCUGAGCCUGGCCGGCGAGGAGCCGGGGCCCGUGCGCGCCGUGCUCGUGGGCUAUGACGAGCACUUCACCUUCGCCAAGCUGAGCGAGGCCUGCGCCCACCUGCGCGACCCCGACUGCCUCCUGGUGGCCACCGACGUGGACCCGUGGCACCCGCUCAGCGACGGCCGCACCACCCCCGGGACCGGGAGCCUGACUGCAGCAGUGGAGACGGCUUCAGGGCGCCGGGCAGUGGUGGUGGGGAAACCCAGCACCUACAUGUUCGAGUGUAUCACGGAGCAUUUUGGGGUGGACCCAGCUAGCACCCUGAUGGUGGGUGACCGCCUGGAGACGGACAUCCUCUUUGGUCACCGCUGUGGCCUGACCACUGUGCUCACCCUCACUGGAGUCUCCAGACUGGAUCAGGCCCAGGCCUACUUGGCUGCAGGCCAGCUUGACCUGGUGCCCCACUACUACGUGGACAGUAUAGCAGACUUGAUAGCAGGCCUGGAGGACUGAGGCUACCUGACCAGAGGCAGGGCAGCCAAGAGGACAGGCUGCCAUCUUAUCCCUGUUUCUUCUCCCUGGUCCCUUUCCCCCUGUGGUCAUGAGGGGACCCCUUCCCCAAUCCCCAUGUCCUGGCCCAGGUUGGAUGUUUCCCUCCUCCCAACCCCACCACAGCACACAUUCUCCCUCUUCUGGGAUCAGUAGGUCAGGACCUGGGUCCCAGCUCCCUAAGGGACUUAGUUCUCUCUUCUCUCUUUAGAUUGGGCUAAGUGUCCUCUCCCCCUAUUGUCUCCUGCUCCCUCCAGUGGGUGCCCUUUUCCAGUGGCAGCAUCCCCUCCACCAUCACCCCAGGGAUCAGCCCCCACUUCCCCUUCUCUUAGCUCUGACUUGGUCGAUGCUGCCUUAACUUCCCUUCUUUCUUCCUACUUUCUCUCUUCUUGACCCAGGAGUUAAGACUCUGGGGCGGGGGGAAGGGGCACCUCAGUGUCCUUCUCUGCAAAAAUGAGAGUGUUGGACUAAGUGACCUCUGCGGCCCCUUCCGGCUCAGAAUCUAUGAUGCUAAGGGGCUCUUUCUUGGAACACUCUGUGCCAUUAAUUCCCAAACCCCUUCUUCUGCCUGGUUCAGGGGCUCCCCCUCUCCCAUAUGCACACACCCUCCAGUGGAUUGAGCUUGGGACCCUGGAUCCCGCUGAGCCAGUCAGCCUACUUCAAAGUUCUGGAGCAUCAACCAUUGUGGGUCAUUGAGUCCUGUCUCCAAAGGGACCAAUCAGAAGGCUGGAAUCCAUUGAUCUUCCAGGUUCUCGUGGGCCAACGGGAGGGGGUGCCCUGAGUGCCCAUUUGAGGAGCCAUGUGGCUCCUGCCCAGAUUUUCGGUGGAAAGAGGACCCUGCUCCCCAAGUGCUGUGAUGGACGUGGUGGGACCCGAGAUCUCUUUCCCAGACACUGUUGAUGUGUGUGUCCCCUUGUGCCAGUAUUUAUUUAUUUACUACUUUAUUUAUUAAGGUGUUAGGAUGCUCCAGGAGGGGUCACCAUGACUCCUUCAAAUGUAUGCCACUCCCCUCUUUCACCCAGAACUUGGAACCGAAUAAAUUAAGCCCUGAAAUUCC